AAAACAGGGGAACAAAUCAACUAAGGACAAACGAUCUUCCGCUCCAGGGCCACUCCGCAGGUUGCACAUCCCUGCUUGACAACCUGUCAAUUCCACUGCAUAAUGAAAUGAGUUUGAAUGCCUUCCACAUUGUCUCAAAAAGCAACCGGGCUGCGUAUCUCAGAAGAUUGCAAUAGACCUUCUCAACGUGGUUCUUGAGAUGUUUAACACUUCUCCAGGCGUCAUGAGAUCGGACAGUCUCUGCAAUAAAGACGACCUAGAACGAACCCUUUGUCCUUCUCUGAUUGAGACCACCGUGUUGUCUGACGUGCCGUCUGACUCUCCGUUCUGUGUUGUAGUUUCUGGCGUGGUAUUUAUUGAAUCCUGUCUAGCAGUUGGAUCUAAGUCCUCCGCUCCUAAACCUGCUACGAGGUCAGGCGAGCUCAGAUCUAUCAGGUCUGGCAUCCUGUGUGAGGUUACACGACGACCAGACUUGGUGAACUACUCUGGCCUAUUAAAGCUUAACCUAGUGCAGCAGGUCCUGGCUAUGCGUGAGCCCUGGAACAGUGACCUGAGUGUCUCCACCCUGCAGCUGCCUCUCUGCCAGCCCAUCCCGGGCCAGCCUGUGCUGACUCAGGCCCUCUGGGGCUAGUAUAAAAGCUGCAGCUGCACUGCCAAAGCCCUGCUGGGGCCCAUCUCACAGUAGGCACGCCGGCCAUAUUGGCUCAACGUCUGGCUUCGGAUCCAUAUUGGCUCCGGUUUUGGCUGCGAGGCCAUUUAGGCUGGGUUUUUAGGAGAGUGCUAGGGCUUAUGUUUCACUGCUAGCUGGAACGGGAGAGCUCUGUUUAAAUGGAGGAUUGACUGAGGCCUGGCAGGGGCCUGUUUGGAGCUUGUUGUUACUCUCAUUGAGUGCUGUGACGCUGCCAGUGAACUAUUUUCGAUCUGUCCGUGGACUUUUAGCCCAGUGCAGUGGUCAUGCUAAACCUCGUACCACCAGCAAUGGAUUCCGGCAGUGUUCUCGAGCUACGUUUGUGUGGUCAGACCAGAGACGGAAGAGGAAGCGAGGCACCAUACUCACUUUUAUUAAUUUUUUCUGGUUCAUGAAAGUCAUGAACUAAGUAGACCAGACCCAGCUGCUAUUGCAUUGGUGUCUAUAGAAUACACAUCCAGUUAAGUAGACCGGAACUGACAAAAAAAAAUCUAUGCCUGAGUGAACCAUCUUCAUUUAUCCACCACCUUUGGUCUGACUACCCCUUCCGUAUCAGUUGUGCUUCCCUGUGUUAGGUUCAACUUCCCCUUUCUCCUCCGACUUCAUCGUGUCGGCUACAGAGCAUCCACUUUUCCCCUGCUUUAUCCAUGUGUAACUGGUCUCCAUGGCAAUGAGGCGAGUUGUGUUCCUGUCUCUAGGUUUCGGCCCAGCACAGGGAGAAAUAAGGCUGUGUACUUAAAGUGCCUACUUUAACAAGGCACCGAUUAUAUAUUAACACCCCCCCCCACCUCCCCUGCUGUUCCCAACUCUGUCAACAAAGAAAGGGUGAGGACUGGAGGUGGCCGUGUUUACCCUUUUAUUAGUCACUCACCUGUGUGCGUCAUGCCUCCCCGGCCAGGAUCUGGGCUGUGUUUGUUAGGGCACGCAACAGAAAAUGAAAAUAAACGUUUCUUAUUGGACAAGUCUGUGGAUUCCCUCCCUGUUUUAGCCCAUUUUCUAACAUAUUGGUGCCUAAUGAACAUGACCCAGCUGCUGUUUUAAGAGUGAUGCUUUCUCAGGGCGGGGAGCUGCCAUGUGCCUCCCUCAGCCUCUGGGAAUUAGUCUCAGUCGUAGUACUUGCCCGCCUGUUCUCGCCGCAACGUUUAUCAGUCCCAAACAGAAGCAGGAGGCCAUGGUGCGCUCUCCACCCGUCAUGUCUCCCUCCAGCGCCGCCCAGAUGGACUCAAAACUACCCAAUCAGGGAAAGCCAGGGGGCGCGGGCAGCCAAUCGCAGCCCUCGCCCUGUGACCCCAAAACUCUAGGCCCUAAGGGGCCCAUAGGGAGCCUAGGACUAAAAAACGGACAAGGCCUGAAUGCAGGCAACGGGGCCAAGGGCAAAAUGAAGAGGGAAAGAAGCACUUCGGUGGAGUCGUUUGAGCAGCGUGACACGGGGACGUCCAACAACGAGGGGGAUCAGAAAGAGCUGGGCAGCCGAGCCAAGAGGCUGUGUGUAGCUGAGCGGCGGCAGCCCUACAGUGGAGCGGACUGGUGCUCUGGGGGCGAGAGUGACGAGGAAGACCCAGGGUUCUUUAACUGCAAUUCGAUAGAGAUGAAGCCUCUGGACUCCAACAACGCGCUCAGCUCGGCCACGUCGACCCACAAUGCUGUUGGAGGGCAGAGCAUGGAGCUGGGCGGCAGCGGUCCCAAGCCCGGGUCAAAGGUCGUGUACGUCUUCACAACAGAGAUGGCCAACAAGGCGGCCGAUGCGGUCUUCACAGGCCACUCGGACAACAUCAUUGCCUUCCACAUGAACAACAUCUCCAAGGGCAACAAGCCCCACCUACCUGUGAAUAAUCAGAUGGGACCCCCUCGGGGUGACUCCAAGCAGCUGGGCGGAGCCCCCCAGCAGCAAGCAUCUCACCCUUCUGACCAGAACCACCAGCAGGCCUCCAAAGCACCUCCACCAGGCCAACAGCAGCCAGCAGAAGCCCAGCCUCAGGGGGCCAAGCCUGGGAGCUUCCCCCAGGGCGGGGCCGCCUCAGGGAGCAUGGACUCUAAGAGCGGAAGCCCCCAGGACGGCACCCCCCACGACCCUAACAGUAACCCUGGGGGGCCACCCGGCCACCAGACCCCCUCCGGAGCAUCCCAACAGGGCUUCCCCUCCCUGGACCUUCCCAAUGGUGCCGACGCCAAACUCACGGCCCAGCAGCAGCAGCUGGCACACGAGCUGAUGUCCAGCAUGGGGGACAACUCUGAGGGCCUGUCCCAGGAGCAGCUGGAGCACCGCGAACGCUCCCUGCAAACGCUACGGGACAUCCAGCGCAUGCUCUUCCCCGAUGACAAGGAGUUAUCCCUCAAAGACAUGGUAGCCAUGGGGCAGGGCCACCUGGGCGGGCCCCCCGGGCCCAACCCCGGCAUGAUGGAGGGGGGGCCCAAGAAGCCAGUGGAGCAUGGCCCCCUCCAGGCCAUGAUGGCCCAGUCCCAGAGCCUGGGGAAGCCUGGAGGCCCUGGGGGGUCCCGGCCCGAUGGCCCUCCGUUUGGGCCCGGAGGCCUCAGAGACAUGCCCUUCUCCCCGGACGAGCUGGGGCCCCUGCCUCCUGGGCCGCCUAUGAACUCUCACGGAGGGCCCGGCGGUGAGCACGGGGAUCACACAGGGAUGAACCCGGAGCAGAUGGCAUGGCUGAAACUGCAGCAGGAGUUCUACGAGGAGAAGAAAAGGAAGCAGGAGCAGAUGCAGCACCGGGGGCCCAUGGGCGACAUGAUGAUGCACCAACAAGGCCCCCGGGGCCCCAUGAUGCGUGGGCCCCCGCCUCCCUACCAGAUCAAUUCGGCUGGGGAGAUGUGGGGCCCCGAGCACUUCCCAGAGCAGAUGAGCAUGGGCCCCCGGGGCCCCAUGCACCCCCACAUGCAGAGGAUGCCCGGCGGCUUCCCUCCUGGCAUGAUGAACCCGGGUAUGGAGGGCGGCCCCAACCCCAGGGGGCCCCGGCCUGGAAUGAAUUGGCCCGACGAUGUGGGACCCAACAUGGGCGAAGGCAGGGGCUUCCCGCCCGGACAGGGGCAGUUUGUAGGGCCAGGGGGUCGGGUGGAGAGGUUCCCCAACCCACAGGCGGUGCAGGAAGCCAUGUUCCAGCAGGGCAUGGGGGGUGACAAGCAGGGCAUGGGGCUGCCCCCGGGCAUGAUCAUGGAGAUGAACAGGAUGAUGGGGGGCAACGGCCCCCGGGGGCCAAUGGAUGGCCCCGGCAAUGGCCCUAACGGAGGAGGCAUGAUGUUUCCCAGAAUGCCUGGCGACGUUGGCCCCAUGAGUCCAUCCUCCAGGAUGGAGUUUGUCAAGGGCCUGGGCAGGGACAUGGGCCCUGAGUUCAGCAUGGGCCCCGGGAACAUGAACAUGGGGCCCAAUCCCCAGAUGAUGCAGGCUAAGAUGAGGGGGGAGCCUCCCAUGAACUUGAGCCCCGAGGAGAUGAUGAAGAUGAGAGGAGGCUCCAUGCCAGAGAAUAUGGGCCCUCAGAAGAUGAUGCAGGGGCCUCCCUUCCCUGACCAGGGGCACCACCCAGGGGACUUCAACAUGGGCCCCAACCGCCACUUCCCAGGCAUGGGGUCACACGGGCCUGGGAACCCUAGGUGCCCCAGAGGUGAACCCCCCUUCGGCCCUGACCAGCGAGGACCUAACCACGGCGGCAACGGUCGCCUCAGCCAUAUGCCCCCCAACUCGGGCCCGCCUCCCAACCAGAGGAACAUGGGGGGCCGCAAGGGUCCCCAGGACAUCCAGGGCGGCCAGGCUAACUCACCCAACAUCAACCCCCUCAAGUCCCCUACGCUGAGGCAGGUCCAGUCCCCCAUGCUGGGCUCGCCCUCUGGGAACCUCAAGUCCCCCCAGACGCCCUCCCAGCUGGCCGGCAUGCUCCAGGGUCCUUCGGCGGCAGCGGUGGCUGCAGCCGCGGCGGCCGCCUCCAUCAAGUCUCCCCCCAUGAUGGGUUCGGCCGGAGCCUCUCCCGUCCACAUGAAGUCGCCCUCGCUUCCGGCACCCUCCCCAGGGUGGACAUCGUCCCCCAAGCCCCCCAUGCAGAGCCCAGGCAUCCCCCAGAACAACAAGCAGCCUCCGCUCAGCAUGAACUCACCCAACAUGAUGGGCAAUGUGGAGCAAGGUGGGAAUGGUCCCCCCACUGCACCCCCUUCCAGUAGUGCUUCCAGUCUUCCGUCUGGCAGCCCCUACGCCCUGCCCCCUGAGCCCACGAUAUCUCAGAACCCCCUGUCCAUUAUGAUGUCACGCAUGUCCAAGUUCGCCAUGCCCACUUCCACGCCCCUCUACCACGACGCCAUCAAAACGGUGGCGAGCUCGGACGACGACUCGCCACCGGCCCGCUCGCCGAACCUGCCGCCCAUGAACAUGUCUGGUAUGGGAAUGAACCACCACCCGGGCCACAACCGCAUGAUGGCUCCCACGUCACAAGGCCCCAUGCCAGCUCUCAGCCCCAUGGGUAUGAACACCAUGGGCUCCCAGCCCCUCUCCCACGGCAUGCCUAACCAGAUGCCCUCGCCCAACCCAAUGGGGGGGCCCCACCAGGGGCCCAUGGGGCCGGGUAUGAUGGGGCCCCACGGCAUGAUGAUGCCCGGCGGGCAGGACCCAGGGAUGGGCAACCCUCAGAUGAUACCUCAGGGCCGUAUGGGCUUCCCCCACCGAGGCCAGGGAUUCCCCCCCGGUCACUCUCCUCCUCAGCAGGUCCCUUUCCCCCACAAUGGCCCCGGGCCCCAGGGUGGUUUCCCCCACGGCAUGGGCUUCCAGGUGGAGGGGGGCCCCAUGGGCCGAAUGGGCAACAUGGGCCCUGGCGGGGAUCCAGGCGGCAUGUGUAAACCCAACACUCCCGGAGGAGGCCAGGACUUCAACAUGUUCAACAAUGAUAACGACCUCCACGAGGUCAUGCGAACGGGAGCCACCGGAAUGCCGGAGUUUGACCUCUCCCGGAUUAUCCCAUCGGAAAAGCCCAGCCAGACUUUGUCCUACUUCCCCCGCGGUGGCGACGGCCCGGGGGGGAAACCUCCUCACCCCUCCGGCCCCCAGGGAUUCCCUCCCCAGAUGCAGGGGAUGAUGGUGGAGGGGAACCCCAGGAUGGGGAUGCCCAUGCAGGGGAUGGGAGGUCCGCCGGGCCCCGGCCACAUGGGGGGGCCCCAAGACAUGCCAAUGGGUAACUCUGGCCACAAUCCCAUGCGGCAGCUACACCCGGGCCACCCCGGUUUCAUGCCCCAGGGCAUGAUGGGACCCCAGCACCGGAUGCUGUCGCCGGGACAGCAGCCGGGCAUGAUGGGAGGACCUGGGCAUGGGAUGAUGCAGGUUAAAGAGAGGGGGGGGCUCAUGUACAAUCACCCGGGCCCCGUGGGCUCGCCCAACAUGAUGAUGUCACUCCACGGCAUGGGUGGCCCCCAGCAGACUAUGAUGAUGCCGCCUCAGAUGAGGCCUCGCGGCAUGGCAGGAGACAUGGGCUUCAACCCUGGUCCCGGAAACCCCGGGAACCUCAUGUUCUGAGCUGCUACAGCCAAGGAGAAACUAAAGACCUGACUCGGAAUCCGCAGGAGUCUAGAACCUGGAGUCUAGAACCUGCGCCAACAAAGGAAUACACAUGAGACUUGUGCUCUCUUAGGCAGUUGUUGUGUGGACUGGGGACACAUACUUUCACUCUGGCACAUACACACACACACACACACAACACACACAUCCCGAGACACUUUUGAGCUGGUUUAGCAGUCUGUCGGGUGUGGUGGAGCAACUGCAGCGUGUUCCAUGGAGGGGAGGGCGGAUGUACACCAUUUCAGAGGGGACUGAUCUUUCUCUGUUUGGGAAAACGUAGAAUGUACGGGACGAGUCUAAGCUCCAGUGUUCUACGGACGGAUAGGAAAUGGGCCUCUUCAUAAAAACUCAAGGGAUGACCCGGGACCAGAGGUCCGUAGUUGUACUGUUAUAAGAACAGCUAAACGACGACAUUUAAAGAACAAUAAAGGAUUAAAAACAAGGAACUGAAUGAAAAGACGAAAAGGUCACUGUUUUUUUUUGUUGUCUUGAGUUGCACCAUUUUUGGCUGUAUGUUUACAUCUCAUCUCAUCACUAUCCUCCAGAGAUUCAAUGCUAUUUGUAUUUGUGUACCGUAUUUGUGUUGUUAAAGGGAUUUUAAUAGUGACUUCUAGUUUGUUUUCCCAUCUUCUUUUGUAAAGGAGGGUGGGGGUAUGGAGAGGGGGCAACUCCCACUCCGAAAUGCUGUUUACCAUGUAGGGGGGGUCAAAGUAUUUUAAAAACUGCAUUUUCCUUUGUUACUCUGUAUAAUAUGCCAAACGAUGACCUCAUACAGAUAAUGGUAUUAUUAAAAAAGCACAAACAUGAUUUAACUGUAAAGAAUGUUUUUUUCUUUCUUUUCUCCUGUUUUUAUUGUCAAAAAACACUCGGUAGGAGGGGUGAUUCUGGGGCAUACGCUGAUAAGGCCUGGUUUAGAAUUGGAUAUGGGGUUGUGGGUUAGGGGGGGUGAUGUCUGUCACACCUCAAACCCCUCUUAGCCCUAACGGACAAACGGACACAGCAGCAAGCAAGGCCUCUGCUCUCACCUUGCCAGGCUAGGAGUACAGAGAGGAGAGUAAAGAAGAAGUAGCCUUAACCAUGUCUGGAUUACUUGGAACGGUGGUGACCAUGGAAUUUUGCAGAAUAAAAAAAUAAAAAAAUGACAACAAAAAAGCGAAACAGAAAAUGAGCUAAUAGGUUGUAUCUGUGUCCCUGCCUCUCCUGUGUUAACACAUUGUCAUGUGACUCCAUUGAAUUUGGUACAGGGCUGUGGUGUUGGAAGACAAAUAAAAUAUAUUGUUUGGUA